AUGGCACCCAAUGAUGCUUCCACAAUGACAAUGUUCCCUCCUUUCUCGAGCUUGCAGAGUGAUGGUAUCAGCAAGUUACCAAUUGCAAUCACUUUGGUUCUAGGCGUUGGGUUGAUGAUACUUUUUGAUAGGCAUGGUCGUAAGGAUGAGGAAUGCACGACUGGGUCUGAACCUCCUGAAGUCAAGUCAAGAAUUCCACUAUUUGGACAUUUAAUUGGUAUGCUGAAGGGCAAGUUGGGUAUUUUCAGACUCUAA